AUGCUGAGCUAUUUCCACAGUGGGUUUAUUAUCGGAUUCGCCGUGCAGGUUGAUUUCGAGGGCGAAUAUCGAAUUCCUCGUGACACUCGUCCAGGUACGGUAUUUGGUAGCGUGGUAGCGGAAAGUGGUACAACUGUGGAAUAUUUUACAACGAAUUUCGACAGUGGAACAACUUCGAACGCGGUACAGUGGGCCGACGUAGAUCGUCGAACAGGACAGCUGCGAAUAAUUCGGAAUCCGAAAGGCCGUUUUGCAAAUAUGGAAAUUACGCUGCUGUCUGAAGGAUUCACCAAAACAAUAACUGUAAGUUAUUCUCUUUUGACAGAUAAAAUCAUGCAUGGAAAUUUCAGUUAG